AUGCCUCCCGCCCACACAGCGGCGCCAACCACCACGAGUCCCCACACCCCGACGCCGCCCAGCACUAUUUAUUUUCCCCAGUCCUCAGCGCCUUGCACGGUGACGGCAGGCGCUGGAAAACCACGGGAGGAAGCCCCCCAGAGCAGUGUGCCCAGGUCCCCAGUUCCCCAAAGCACAGUGCCACCGACUCCAACCCCGGUCACUUCGCCGUCAGCAGCACCUACAUUUCACGCCUACAUUUGCCAAACGCGCAUCCCAAAAACACACACCCCCUACCCAGACGAUUUCCGCGUGCCCCCACAUCUCAUGCAGCGUUUUCCCCAAACAACCCCGCUAAUACAAAGGAUCAGCACGGUGCUUUCUCACACAAUGGCUCCACAUAAUAUCCAGUCCACGCAACAGCUGUACACGUUUCUACCAUUUUCCCCAGCAACUUUGUAUACAUCUAAUGCAGACCCAACACCCCACAGCAUGUGUCUACCACCCUGGGCAAACGUACCACCCCAUUCUAAAUGCAAGGGUAAUGAAACGCAUCUAAACCGGUUCCACAACAGCCCCCCAUGUAAGCUCUGCCACACAAAUGCUUCACUGGCAUAUCCAAAUCACCACUACGCUGGCACAGGCAUUAACAACAUAUACAACAAAAUUCCACACCCCUUCCCACCACAAUGUCACACUCGCUUCCCACCACAAUGUCAACAACUCGUUCCCACCACAACGCGGGCCCUUGCACUCGCCCGCCAUCUACUCAGCGGCCCCAACACAUGCACCACCUCCAGAGGUCUGCCUCGGCGACGGUCACACCAGACGCUUAUCCGGAGACAAACGACACCCUCCUCUCGCUCGGUCGUUCCCUCAGCCUGUCACCUCUGUCCCUUAUUCUCCUUCUUCAGGGCCUUCAGUUCCCCAGUCUUCGGCUUCUCACCUGUUUCUUCAGCGCCGCAUUCCUCCUCUUCAGCCGCUACUCUGGCCAUGGGGUUCCCUCAUUCUGCUGCACCCCCCCCCUCACUUUAA